AUGCAGCUCUCCCAGGCUCACGUGCCUGCAGGCCUUGCGCGGCAGUACCAGCAACUGCAGCAUAGAACCCAUGACAACAAUCGCGUAGUGCUGGCUGACCUGCAGACUCGCACGAUCUUGAGAGAAUCGCUCUACUAUGCGGACAGCAGCCGCGCAGCCGCGCUGCCCCAGCCUGUAGUGCAGAUGCUGCGCAGCGCCGGCGACGCCGCGCUCAUCAAGGACUGCUGGGGGAUCUUGAAUACCACGGCGGCGUCCAUGUAUCAGACACACCAGUACGUGACAGCAACAUGUAGACUUUUCCACUCAAAGGCUUCGGAGAUCGUCACUUCCAUCCGCAAAACCAACGCGCGCGAGGACGACACCAGUGGCAGUGGGUGGGGCACGGGCGAUGCUGGCGGCAGCGACAGCAACAGAGGUGGUGACGAUGCCCCUGGCAGCCAGGCAGACGAUAUUGAUGUUCGUGGCAGGGAUAGCAGUGGCGGUGGCGGGGGCAGCGGACGUGGCAGCUACGACGGUGGCAGCAAGGAAGGGCCCAGCAACAGCGGCAGCAGGGGUAGCGGCAGCGACGGCGACGGCGACGGAUGCGACUGCGGCGCCAACAGGGCGGCAGCGCCCCUCAGCGGCAUUGACGACGGCGGCAACGCUAGCGAAAGGGCGCGCAGCGGCUCUGCCAUGGCGGUGCCCGGCGCCGCUUCUGGCGGUGCCGCUGGGUGCACCCCUACGACCGGCCUGUGUCAGGAGCUGUCGAGGCUCGAGAACGCCGCGUCUGCCCUGGCCGACUACGCCCUGGCCAACGGCGUGCUGCACCUGCGUGGCCGCGAGAUGGACGGCCUGCUGAUCUCGGUGGAGCUGUACGCGGCCCUCUAUGAGGGCCUCACUUGCAGCAACCGCGCCCGCGCCACGGCAGGCGCCGCCCUGGUGCGGCGCGCGGUGGGCUUUGCGGCGGACAACCGCCCCUGGGCCGCGCCCGUUGACCUGGCGGCCUUCCGCGACGCCGUGGAGUCCCUGACGCACUACUCGGCGGUCGUGCCCGCGGACGAUGCUGGCUGCGCGGAGCUGCGGGAGCACGCGCGCUUCUGGACACACGUCCAAAGCAUGGCGUCUCAGGCGGGCCUCAAAGCGCUGGACGCCGCGCUCGCUGACCGGCAGCAGACCAGCGCCGACGCUGAGCGGGCGCGCACCUGCGAGCUGCUGCAGCUCCCUGGCAGCGCUGAGGAGCUCUUCAGCGCCUUCUGCAGCGCCAUGGCCGCGGGGCAGGCCGCCGACGCGGCGUUCAAGGGCGGCGCAGCCGCUCGGAAAGGGACGAUGGGACUUGGCCUGGGAGGCCGGAAGUUUGCAGCAAGGGCAGCUGCCGCCGCCCAGCGCGAGCAAGCAGUGCUGCAGGCGGCCGCCGUGGAGCGGGCGCGCCUGCUUGAGGGCACCGCCACCCCGCAGCAGGAGAUGGAGCGCAUUGAGCGGCUAGCGCUCCAGCUGUGCAUCGCCGCCCGGGCGUGCGGGUCUGCGGAGACAUCCUCGCUGCACGGCGGAGCCUAUGUGCAGCGCUGCUGCGUGGAGAGGCUGUUUGAGAUGCUGCGGGGGGGCGGCGGGGCCGCCGCGGAGGCGUACGAUGCCCUAAUUGUCGCUAGGGAGCAGAUGGCCGGCAGCGGCGUCUGCCUGGGGCUUUGUUGGCACGAGAGCUGCCUCUGCCUGGGAUGCGGUCGCAGCUUGGAGCCUGGCGAGGAUGGGUUCGCGCACGUGCGCACAUGUGCGCCGCACAACUCGCUUGGAGAUCUCGGCAUUGAGGACGCGGCCGAGCGCGCCGGCAUCGCGGCCAUGGCUCACGCGGUCGAGAUGGUUCAGGGCGAGCGCGAGGCUGUCGCGGCGGCAGACUGGCUCAACUCCCAGCUGGGCGGCGGCAGCGGCGGCGGCGGCAGCAGCGGCGCCAGCGGCGGCAGCGGCGGCAGCGGCUGCGGCGGCAGCGGUGGCUGCAGUGGCUGCAGCGACAGCGGCGGCAUCGGCGGCAGCAGCGGCGGCGCCCCGGCACAGGCGCCUGCAAACGAUUGGAAGCCGCCGUUUGCGCGGCGCCAGCAGCUCGUUGCACUCAUAAAUUGCGAGCUCGCGCCUGUAGGCAAGGUGGGGGAGCGCAAGGCGCGGCAGCCCGGGAUUUUGAGCUCAAAUGGAGCUAUGCUGUACACCGUCCACAUCAACGCCUUCGACACACACCACGGCCUGUUUUUCCUGCGGCAUGCCAACCAACGUCCGGCGCCUGGCCAGUGCCACCAGCAGUGGCGCGAACACCGGGCGGCCAAACAGCAGCAGCUCUUGGAGUCGAUGGAUGGACCUGGCGCGCAUGAAGUGGCACUCGAAGCUGCAGUCGUUCUGGCGCAGAGCCGCGCGGUUGGCGUGUUUGGCUCUGGCAUUGGCCCGGGCAUGGAGGAUGUGUGUGCGCUGGGCAUGUGCCCGGCAGACAAGCGCGGCAGCCUCAGCACGUUUGACCUGCAGGCGCUGCACACGUUCCAGGCGGUAGUGCCGCCGUAUGGCAAAAUCGCCCAGAUGCCCGUGAUUGAGAACAAGGGCCUGGCCUACGCGGUGGACCUGGUCAACCCUGACCUCAGGGUGCACCUGCAUGACACGCAGAGGGCGGCAGCAGCGGCAGCAGCAACAGCGCAGCAGCAGCAGCCGGCGCAGCAGCAGGGCGCAUCCGGUGCUGCGCCGGCGCUGCCCCGCGGCGUCGCCAACAUCGGGACGCGCAGCGCGCCGCUCAACUGCCAGGGCGCAGCCGCAGCGUUGGCGUUUGUGGCGGGCCUGAGGCGCGUGUGGGCGGUCGAGCGCGGCAUCGACCUGGCCGCAGUCGACGCGGCGGACUGGGAGCAGCUGCGGCGCUUGGCGGCGCAGUACGACUUGGACGCCCAGCAGCGGGGGCGAACGCAGCUGGCGGCAGACAUGAGCGCCGCAGACGCGGCGGAGGCAGCGGCGGCGGACGCAGCGGCGGCGGCGGCGAUGGCGGCAGCAACAUCGGCGCGCAAGACGUUCCCCGUCAACAGCCCGCCGGCCAAGCGGCAGCGCAAGGAGUAG